AUUACCAGGUAUAAUAGACACAAAUAUAAGUUUACACCAUGAAAAUAUUGAGGAAGAAUGGUUAGAUGAUGAAAAUAUAUCUAAAUUGGCUAUAAAAUAUGGGAUUACAUCAAUUUUUAAUUCUCCUUUAAUGAGAAAAAGUAAUACUAAUGUAAAUUUGGAUGUUUCAUCGUUGGAAAAUAUAAUAAAAUUAUAAAAAAUAAAUUCAUAUGAGAAAUAAAGUUCUAUAGAUGAUUAUUAGUUCAGAAAUACUAGAAAAAUUUUUUUGGAUUUUUUUAAUGUAAAAUUACUUGGAAAAGAAAGUACAAAAAAUGCCUAUAUUUUAAACAAAAAUUAAGUAUUUUCCUAUAAAAUAUAUACUUCGCCGCCUUAUUAGCCUGACGCCUAUUAUUUUAAAACGGCAGAGGAGAUUAUUAAUCAAUUUUAUUCAAUUUUAGGGGAACAUUCAUUCGAUAAUUUCUUAUUUUUUAUACAUCCAUGCUUACAAAAGGGAGAAAACAACCUAAAUUUGAGUUCCCCGCAUAGAUUUUAUCCUAUAAAUUCGAGGAUUUAGGGGCGAGAGUUUUCUGUGCCAAAAAUAAACGGAGGAGAUGCAAUAAAAGGUAUAUUUGAGGAAAAUAUAGACUGUUUUUUGAUGCAAAAAUUAGAGGAAGGAAACCUUAAGAAUUUUUUAAUAGAAAUAUUUAAUUUAAGUAGAUUAAAUGAUUAAGAAUUUUCGGAAUUUUUACUAUCAAGAAAAGAAAGAAUAGAGCUUAAUUGUUAAGAUGAUAAUUCAGAUGGAAAAAAAUUCUAAAUUUUUAUUUAAUAAAUAGGUGAAUCUUUAAAAUGGGCAGAUUUUUCAUUUAUUUAAAAUUUUAAAAAUGAAAUUAAAUAUUUUUAAAAAUUUGUAUAUGAAAACUAAGAACUUUGUAAUAAUUAAAUUAAUUUAGAAGAACAAUAGAUGGAUUAUAUAAUAGAAUCUUUUGAUAAUAUUAAUAUAGAAGUAGAUAAUUUACAGAAUAAUAAUAAUAAUAAAUUUAUUUUAAAAGAUUUAUAGAAUUCAAUUAAACAAUAAAAUGUUCCUUAAUAAAAAAGUAAGUUUUCUAAAUAAUAUACUCUUUAAACCGAAAAUAGAUACGAAAUGAAUGAAGAAUUAUUAAAACAAUAAGAAAAUAAUAAUUUAAUUUGCGAAAUAAGUGAAAUACCUAAAGUUUAUUAUUCAAAUGCAGAAAACUAAUUAUAAUAAAGCGAAAAAAAUUUAUUAAAAAAAUUCAAUGACAUCUUAGAUAUCGAAAAUAAGACUAUUAUACAUAAAAUAAAAAGUGCAGAUUCUAUAAAUAUGGAUGAUUAAUAUAUAGAAGAUUAAAAAAUAACAAUAUAGAUUAAUAAUAUAUAAUAAAAUCCACAUAUAGAAGAAAAAAUAUCUAAAAAAUCAAUAGAAAUUCCUAGAAAAAUACAAACACCUAGCCUUCCAAAAAAAAGUCCUUUAAUGAAUUUAAAACUCCCGAAAAGUUAAAAAUAGUCUCCUUAAGAUUUAGCUAAAAGUGAAUAAAACGGGAAUUAAUAAACUUUAUAAAUGCAAAAUACUCCGCCUAAAGACACUAUAUUAAAAAUUUCAAAUAACUUAUUAUAGAGUGAAUCCCCUGUAGGAAAUGCUUCAAAUAAAUCAAGUAUUUUAAUCCAGACUAUUAUAAUUUCCUAGCUUUAAGGCCUAUAUAUUGGGAACUUUUUGCAGUUAAAUUUUAUAAAAAUCUUUUAAUUAAAUUAUAACAUAAUAAAAAUAAUAAAAAUAGCAAAAAUAAUAAUAAUAGUAAUAAUAAUAAUAAUAAUAAUAAUAAUAAUUAUAAUUCUAAAAUUAACUUAAUUUUCUAAAAUAUAUCAAAUGCUCUUUCUUUAUUUAAACUAUAUGAUAUGA